GCGACAACAGCUCAGCUCUUGUCUUGCAUCACGACCGCAUAGCCACGUAUUGCAUUGUUGUUCGCCGCCCUUUCUCUUUGCCCCUCCUAUUCCCCCCUCCCCCAUCUGUCAUCAUCAUUGCUACCCCUCAAUCUCGCUUCUUUUAUCUACCCGCCCUCCUCGUCCUUCUCGUGGGCGUUCUCCUCGUCACCGUGGCUCCUCCGCUUCGCAUCCCCUCCCCCACCUACCGACUAGCUUCAGUCCUGGGCCAUUUCCGUGGCUCCAGACUCCCUACCGCUUUCAAUCCAGGGUUGACGAACCUCCGCAAAUCCCUCACAACCGCCAGUAUGGCCCCCGAGCACCUCCGUCGGCCUCCUCAGGCUCCGCCCGUCUUCACUGCGACCGCACAGUCCAUCGUCGACGACGCCAACCGACUCAUCGCCAGAUCCCGCAAGGUCCAGGACGAUGUCGUGGCCGACGUCAAGCUCGAGUCUGCUUCCUUCGACGGCGUCGUGAAGCCUCUGGCCCAGGAUGAGAACGCCAUGGCGCUGGAAUCCCAUAUCAUCAGCUUCUAUCAGGCGGUGUCGACCGAGCAAGAGCUGCGUGACGCAUCCGCCAAGGCCGAAGCUCUGAUGGAUGACUUCUUCAUCGAGUCCGUGAUGCGGGAAGACGUCUUCAAGCUCGUCGACGCCGUGCUAAAGAAGAACGAGUCGCUCGACCCGGAGUCCCGCCGUCUGCUGGAGAAGGAACACAAGGAUUACAUCCGCAAUGGCUUGGGUCUGCCGGCCGGGCCCAAGCGCGACCGCUUCAAGGAGAUCAAGAAGCGUCUCAGUCAGAUUGGCAUCGAGUUCCAGAGGAACCUCAACGAAGAGAACGAGGGCAUCUGGUUCACCCCGGAGCAGCUGGACGGUGUCCCCGAAGAUGUCUUGGCUGGCUUGAAGAAGGGUGAAGGCGAGAACGAGGGCAAGCUCCGGCUGACCUUCAAGUACCCGGAUCUCUUCCCGACCAUGAAGUACGCCAAGAACCCGGAGACCCGCAAGCAGGUUACUAUCCAGAACGAGAACAAGUGCAACCAGAAUGCGCCUCUCUUCCAGGAGGCCAUCAUCCUGCGUGACGAGGCGGCUCGCCUGCUGGGAUACCCGGACCACGCCGCUUUCCGCAUCGAGGACAAGAUGGCUAAGACGCCCAAGACCGUGAAUGACUUCCUUGGAGACCUGCGCUCCCGUUUGACGGCUGGCGGGCAGAAGGAGCUCAAGACCCUUCUCGAACUGAAGAAGACUGACCUUGAGUCCCGUGGCGAGAAGUUCGAUGGUCACUACUACCUGUGGGAUCACCGCUUCUACGACCGUCUUCUGCUGGAGAAAGAGUACUCUCUCGACCAGCAGCUCAUUGCCGAGUAUUUCCCUCUGCAGACCACCAUUGAGGGCAUGCUCAAGAUCUUCGAAGAGCUCUUUGGUCUUGUGUUCGUGGAGAUCACCGGUGAGGAUCGUGAGAAGGUGGCUCCUUCGGGUAAGGGAAGUGACAUUGUCUGGCACGAGGAUGUCCAGAUCUUCAGUGUCUGGAACGACGAGGGCGAGGGCAGCGGGUUUGUGGGUUAUCUCUAUCUGGACCUGUUCCCUCGUACCGGAAAGUAUGGCCAUGCUGCCAACUUCAACCUCCAGCCGGGAUUCAUCGAUGCUGAUGGCAACCGUCGCUACCCCGCCACCGCUCUGGUGUGCAACUUCACCAAGCCCACUCCCAAGAAGCCGAGUCUACUGAAGCACGACGAAGUAGUUACUCUGUUCCACGAGCUGGGCCACGGUAUCCACGACUUGGUCUCCAAGACGAUCUACUCGCGCUUCCACGGAACGAACACCGUGCGGGACUUCGUCGAGGCUCCCAGUCAGAUGCUCGAGAACUGGUGCUGGACUCCUUCGCAGCUAAAGUCCCUCAGCAAGCACUACUCGACCCUGUCUCCCGAAUACCUCGCAGCCUGGAAGGAGCAGGCAGAAGGCAAGGAGCCUCCUUCAGGACAGAUCCCCGAUGACGUCAUCGCCAACCUCAUCCGCACCAAGCACGUCAACGAUGCUCUGUUCAACCUGCGCCAGCUGCACUUCGGUAUCUUCGAUAUGACCGUGCACCAGCCCGAGAGCCAUGAGCAGAUCAAGAAGCUGCCGAUCUCCGCCACAUACAACAAGCUGCGUCACGAGAUUACCCAGAUCGAGGGCCCUGAAAGCCUGGGUCUGGGUGAGGAAUGGGGACACGGCGAGGCCACUUUCGGCCAUCUGAUUGGCGGCUAUGACGCCGGAUACUAUGGAUACUUGAGCUCGCAAGUUUAUUCUACCGACAUGUUCUACACCGUGUUCAAGGAGAACCCGAUGGACCCCGAAGCCGGCCGUCGGUACCGGUACAAGGUGUUGGAGAAGGGCGGUAGUCAGGACGAGAUGUCGACCCUGACCGACUUCCUGGGCCGUGAGCCUAAGACCGAUGCUUUCUACAAGGACCUGGGCCUGGCUUGAUUCGGAGGUUUUAUGAUGAGACGAAUGAGCUAAUCCUUUAUACAUCUGAAAUUAUAUGAAUCUCUCUUUUGCAGGGGAGGACCACCCGGGAUGUGAAGUAUGGCUUCGUAG